CCUUGGCAAUUGCUUUCUGAGUGGAGAGAGAGACCGUGAGAGUCCGGCGGAGUCGAGACCACCAGGCGGCGGCGCAGGCGAGCGGACGGCUGUGCGGGGCGUCUGGCCGUGUGCUCAGACCUACUAGCGAGGCUAGGGGGGUUCAGGCCGUUGCUGCGUGCGCUGCCGCUCCAGCGUGCUCAGGGCGCGACGGCGGGGCGGGCGCGUACCCGGCCAGCGAGCGUGCAAGGCACGCGGCGACGUCGGCUGUCUACAGCAGCAAACAGGUUUCAGUGUCGGACGACAAUUUCCCGUAUUGUCCAAUGGCUUGUCUCCAGUGACAGCUCCACUCUGUCUCAUUUCUCGCUUGUCAACUCCAUUGAAUCGUGAUGACUUUAACUUCACAAAUAUUUGAUGGGAAAGCAAAACCCUUCUACAUUGCCAGAAGCUCUUGCCCUGAAAACAAAUGUAUCCUUUCAGUAUCAAUCCCACGCCUCUCCCACUGCCAUAUUCCCCUCCUCCUAUCUCGUGUGAUCGUUUCGGGUCUUUUUCUCAAGCUACCCCUUGUCCACUCUGUCCUCCGAUCCCUCUCCUUGGGGCCUGUCCCAUCUCUCUCCCUCUCCUUCCUCUCCCUGCUCCGUCGCCCUGGAUACGUGAACCUCGAUAACUACUCCCUUAACAUUGCUCUCUCAGCCACUGCCCGCCUACCAUCUGUUGCUGUUGGUGUCCAGCUUCAUUCCCUUUCUGUGAAACUCGGCUUGGUUUCUGAUACCUUCGUCCUUAAUUCUCUUAUCAACAUGUACACAUCGUGUAGCUAUCCAGAUGCUGCAAGGCUAGUUCUUGAUUCGGCUCCCCAAGGAGCUUGUGAUGCAGUUUCUUGGAAUACAAUAAUUGCUGGAUAUGUACGAGGUGGGAUGCCUAAUAAGGCUUUGCAGGCUUUUGGCCAAAUGGCCAAGGAGCAGGUUAUGCUGGAUGAUGUCACAUUGCUGAAUGCUCUCGUUGCUUGCGCCAGGACGGCCUCAAUGAAAUCCGGGAGGCUAUGUCAUGCUCUAGUUGUGGUGUAUGGGGUUGGAAUUAAUUGUUAUAUGGGAUCCUCUCUGAUUAGUAUGUAUGCAAAGUGUGGACUAGUUGAAGAUGCCCGCAAGGUGUUUGAUGGAAUGCAUGAGAGAAACGUGGUUUGCUGGACCUCAAUGAUUUCUGGAUACACACAGUUGGGUAAGUUUAAAGAGGCUGUUAAACUUUUUAGGGACAUGCAAAUUGCAGGAAUAAAGGCUGAUGACGCGACAAUUGCUACUGUUGUAUCUUCAUGCGCCCAAAUGGGAGCACUUGAUUUGGGACGUUAUGUUCAUGCUUACUGUGAUGUUAAUGGUUUAGGGACAGAGCUUGCUGUGAAAAAUUCGCUGAUUGACAUGUACUCAAAGUGCGGGGAUAUCAAAAUGGCGUAUGAGAUAUUCUGUGGAUUGACCAAGCGAGAUGUGUUUUCUUGGACGGCAAUGAUAAUGGGCUUUGCUGUUAAUGGCUUCUGUGGUGAAGCGCUAGAUUUGUUUUCUCAGAUGGAAGGAGAGGGUAAGGUAAUGCCGAAUGAGGUCACUUUCUUGGGUGUCCUUACUUCUUGCAGCCAUGGAGGGUUAGUCGAACAAGGGUACCAUCACUUUCAUCGUAUGUCGAUGAUCUACAAUCUUGCACCGAGGAUUGAACACUAUGGAUGCAUGGUUGAUCUAUUGGGCCGUGCAAAGCUAUUGGCAGAGGCAGAACAAUUUAUUCAGGAGAUGCCUAUUGCUCCUGAUGUGGUAGUAUGGCGGUCAUUGUUGUUUGCUUGCAGAGCUUGUGGAGAGGUGGGACUUGCAGAGUAUGUAGCAGAAAGGAUCCAAGAAUUGGAGCCAAAAAUAUGUGGAGGGCAUGUUUUACUUUCUAAUGUCUAUGCUACCACAUCAAGGUGGAUUGAUGUGAAUAAGGUGCGGACAUCUAUGGAUGGUAGUAGGAUGAGUAAGCAACCAGGUUGCUCUUUCAUUGAAGUGGAUGGAUGUGUGCAUGAGUUCUUUGCAGGAGAUGAAUCACACUUUGAGACAGAAGCUAUAUACAACAUUCUUUUGGGGAUCAAUGAGCUGUUAGUAGCAGAGUCCUUACUUGUGUGAAAGCUAAGAUACUUUUGUGGGAACUAAAUACACAGAUUUAAUGUACCAUGCUGUGAUUUUGUAAAUCUUCAAUUUAUGAAUCGAUGGAAUCGAAAGAAUGCCUACAUUUUUUUGUGUU